AAAACCUGUAAUGGGGAACGAAGGCGGAAUUCAAGGAAAAAGAGGCAUAAUUUGCAUGAUAAACAAAACUGAAUUCCAAGUUCAGCUCCUUUUCCACUAACAUAAUUCAUAAAGAUUUUCAGUUUGGUUGCUAAGAAAAUGAAGGAAAACACCAAGCUAAACAUUCUUGUUUAAUCAUUAUAAGCAACAUGAAACUCGGCUGGUUUCGCGCGAGUGAAGAAGCCAGAGUAAUGUGGACUUGCCAUUAUUCGAUUAAUUACUUGUACGACAUGUAGUUUCGAAGAUUUUGUGUUCAUCAAAUCAAUGGAGUAGGAUUUUCCGCCUCUGCGUUAUCUUCUACCCAUUGUUUAUUCGCCAAAAAUCUCCAACUCACUCUCACAAAUGGGGCUUCAUAUCCUCAAAACGACACCGUUUUCUUCUUCUUCUUCCCCGAAAUCACUACUCCUUACCACCGCCACCGCUGCUAAUUAUGUUCUUCCUUGUAAUAGGCGCUUGAGAUUUCCAUUUUCUUCACCGAAGGCUAUUACUUGUUCAAUUUCUUUAUCAGAAUUCAGUAGAUUCUUUCUCCAGAGCAAGCGUAGAUACCGUGGAAGUCAAGUCGUGGCCAUGGCAGCUCCGGGGUCGCUCCAGAAAUCCGAGGAAGAGUGGCGUGCUAUUCUCUCCCCUGAACAGUUUCGAAUUUUGAGACAAAAGGGCACUGAGUAUCCAGGCACAGGAGAAUAUGACAAAUUCUUUGGUGAUGGUGUUUAUAACUGUGCUGGAUGUAACAUUCCUCUUUACAGAUCCAUAACAAAAUUCAAUCCUGGUUGUGGUUGGCCUGCUUUUUAUAAAGGUCUCCCAGGAGCUAUAAAUCGAAAUCCGGAUCCUGAUGGGAUGAGAACUGAAAUCACUUGUGCAGCUUGUGGUGGUCAUUUAGGCCAUGUUUUUAGAGGUGAAGGUUUUCGAACGCCGACGAAUGAACGUCAUUGUGUUAAUAGCAUAUCACUCAAGUUUGUUCCAGCAAAUUCUUGGUUAUAGUAGCAUAUAUGUUGGUACUAUUUAUUCAUUCUGUAUAGAAACAUGUCCAUAAUGAUGUAUGUAAGUUCUGUAUUAAAUUCUAUUUUGAUGGUUCUAUUGUUUUUGAACUUCAUGCUUCGUUGAAAUGAAGGCAAAAUCUCGAAUUUCUUCGAGUUUCAUAUGGUUACCAGAAGGGCAAA